AUGACGGGGUCCUUUGAAGACGAUCGCUUGGGCCACCUCUCCCAAGAAAUCGAUCAGUGGGAUCCAGAUUUGGAUCUUUUUUAUUAUCUCGCCAAUCAGGACUCUCCUGUUGAUGAGGUAUCUCAACAUGAUUACCACCAGCAAGCACCGUCGCCUACCAUCUCUGCAAUUACUGCAGCUCCAGCCCCACCCACACCAUCUUCCUUCGAUCCCUUCCCUGAUACGACCGAUGAUUCAUACGACAAUCUCUCCUCAGUGGGCGAUGAUGCUAUUUCUGAGAUCCCGGCAACCGACCUCCCCAGUGGACUAUCUGACGUGACCUCUCCAAUGAUGUCUACCACGGAAGAAGAACAUGAAUCGACCGCCGGUCAAGAGGGUAAAACCCAGUGGCCUACAUCGCAUGGGAAAGUCUCCAUGGGCGUCAACCGCAUUGGCUCAAAUACAUUGAAGUGCAGGUGGGAAGGUUGCAACUAUUCCGGUGAAUUUUCAGGAAUAGCAGCCCUGCUGCGACACAUCAAGACAAAGCAUGUCUGCCCUGGCCUGUUCGAAUGCACCGAGGAAGACUGUCAGAGAUCUUUCAACCGAAAGGAUAACUUGGUCGCGCAUAUGCGGAACGUGCAUCGCGGAACACUUUGA